GAGAGAGAGAGAGAGAGAGAGAGAGAGAGAGAGAGAGACGAUUCAGAGGGGAAAUCCUCCUAAUCAUCAUUGUUGUUGGACAGUGGACUCUGACAGGCAAGCGCAUCUUUUGAACCUUUUACCCCUGCGGAUUUAAUCUCACCUGGAUGAACUUUGACUCGGACAAAAGAAAAUCUAGGGCACAAAAGCAGAAGAGACUUCUAUGAGCGAUUGAGAUUCACCCCAACCAAAGCCCAGCUAGGCCAUGCUCACACUAUGACCACUACAAUGGUUCGGUCUGUAAUGUUGACAGUUCUGAUGCAUAUCUUCCUGGUAUCCCAUGGUGUUCAGUGUUUUCAGCCUGAGGAGGGAGUAUCUCUACAUCCAGGUGCCCUGGACCUCCCCUGGCAGGAUGAGCUGUGCUGUGACUCGUCUUCAGCCCACCUCACUGUAGAGGGAGACAACACGCACGCAGCGGAGACAAACCGCUCUGUAACAAAUCUCCCACACUAUCCCCUCUGCAGCUUCAGGAGCUCGACAACCGAAUUACAUCCUCCUGAACCCUCUGUCGGCACCUGUUUGGACAUAAUGUGCAGAAUUGAUGAAAACUGGGAACAUUUAACAUGUGUCCUUCAGUCUCACGGCCCACCGUCAACCACACUGAAUCCUGGUCUUAUGACAGUUAACUUGCAGCGUCUGUUGUACCAGCAAGACGACACAGAGGUGAAGGAUGGGAAUACUACAUCUGAUAAUCCCGUCGUCUGCAAGGCGGAGGAUUCAUUUAUGUGUUCAGCUGCUCUCGACACUAGGACAAGCUUUGUCACCGUGGUGACCGUCAGCAUCUCCGACGCAAUCGCUCCCCCAGUUCUCCUCAGAAUUCCUGCCCGACCCGUGAAACCCAGUCCUCCAGUAAACCUGUUACAUAUCCAGACCAUUGAGGCAGAACUGAUUCUACACUGGGACGACCCGUCAGACUUUGAUACCGGUCCGCUGAGAUACGAAGUCCGACACUCUUCCAACACCACUCAUCUAGCCUGGCAGGUGCUGUCUGCACUUGAAGAACCCAGGUUGUCUCUGGAGCUGAAGCCCUUAGUGAACUACAUCUUCCAGGUUCGCUGCUCCGGCCUGGACAAGCCUCCAGUGUGGAGCGAGUGGAGCGCACCUCACUACAUCAAUCUGGACACUGUGAGUUACAUUCCUAAGAAACUAGUGGCGCGACCGGGGGAGAACGUAACGGUGUAUUGUGUGUUCAACGACCACAGCAUCAAUGCCAGCACGGCCGUGUGGAUGCUCAACUUACAACAGCCGCUUCACCGCAGUCAGUACCACCCGGUCAACCAAUGGGUCAGCCAGAUCACAGUGCGUUCUUCAGAGACUCGGAUGUAUGACCUGCUGCAGUGCACUCAGCGGAGCAAGAUCCCAUACAGCCUGAUCUAUAUAGAAGGAGCUUCCAUCAAUAUAAACUGUGAAACCAACGGGGAUAUCGAUGCUAUGGAAUGCAGCUGGAAUAUCAAGCAGUUGACGGAUCCCAAAUUCAGAUCCAGCUGGAGUGACCUGUCAUGCGAUGUGAUGGAGGAGAGGGAACGAGCGGGGGAGAAAGUGGGGGAGAUGGGGCCCGAAUGUGUGCUGUUUAAUACCAGGAAGAAAACCUGCACCAUCCAGCCUCUGAGGAUGAACUGCUACAAGCUGUGGCUGGAGGUGACGUCCCAUCUAGGCCCCAUCAGAUCUAAACCCAUCUACCUGUCGCCUCUAGAUCAUGUGAAACCCCACUCACCCACUAAUGUGAAGGCCGUGAGCCAAAGCAGGGGGGUCGUGAUGGUCACAUGGGAUCCUCCGUUUCUGCCAAUCAAGGGGGUCAAGUGUCAGUUACGAUACCAACUGCCCUCCGCAGUGAGAGCCCAGCCGGAGUGGAAGGUCCAGAGUCCAGUGCCGGUAGCGUGGGCAGAGGUCUCAGUGUCGGACAUGUGCAGGGUGUAUGUAGUACAAGUACGCUGCAUGCCCACCAACGCUAUUGGCUACUGGAGCGAGUGGAGCGAUUCGGUGUACUCCACUCCUCAGAACAGCAGAGUUCCUGAGGGUGGCCCGGAUUUCUGGAGAACCCUUCAAGAUGAUCCAUACAGAAACCAGACUAAUGUCACUCUGCUAUUUCAGCCUCUCCAGAUAUCUGGGCACUCAUACUGCGUGGAUGGAUUUAUAGUCCAGUACCAGGCGUUGAGCGGCUCUGUGGUGAGAGAGGAGAUCGAGCUGGUCUCCUCCUACAGCUUUGAGUGGAACCAGGUUCUCCAAACUGUGACUGUGGAGGCCUACAACAAUCUGGGGAGCUCCACUAACAACAUCAACAUGACGCUGGAGAGACAGCCCAAACGGCGCUGUGUGCUUUCGUUCAGUGUGUCGGUUAUCAACAGCACCUGUGUGUCUCUGUCCUGGAGUCUGUUGGACAACACCUUGGUGCCUCUGUUCAUGGUGGUCCAGUGGUCUCCACACAGGCAACAGGACUCUGCUCUUCACAAAGGCCGGAGCAGAGAAACAUGGGCCAGACUGCGCUACACCAACCGUCCCAUCUAUCUGAGAGGAGAUUUCUUAGACUCUGAAGAGUCUGGCUUCCACUUGUACCCUGUGUUUGCGGAUGGAGAAGGGGAGCCAAUGUACGCUACAGCCACCAGAGGAGACCCUCAGUCCUACAUGAUGCUGUCGAUCAUCACCUUCCUCUCCAUCGUCCUGUUAGUCACCCUGAUCCUCUCCCAAAACCAGAUGAAAAAGUUUGUGUUGAAGGAUGUGCCCAACCCAAACAAGUGCUCCUGGGCCAGAGGACUAGACUUCAAAAAGGCUGACACCUUUCACCACCUGUUCAGACCUCCAGAGGGCCUGUCAGCCUGGCCGCCGCUCCUGCCCUCUGAGAACAUUUCUAAAGUCGUCAUAUUGGAUAAGAUUGAACUCUUAGCUCUGACUACAGCUUUAGUCCAAGCCCCACUUGUGUCCCUUACUCCCGACGCAGCCACUGCCUUCUCUAUCUCCCUUCCUCUGGGGUUCGACUCAGAGGUCGACCCAGCCCAACCCAUGGAGAGUGAGGUGCUCCUAGGUGGAGCUUCCUUAGCCCUGAAUCUGGUGCGACCCCAAGAUGCUUUAACCAGUUCAAGCCCAGGAAUAGAUCAGUUACUGCUAGUUGAUCCCCCAGUGGACCAGCCCCCAGGCAGCAAUGAGAGCUCUGCUCAGUCUUUAGUCACAUACGCCACUGUGCUGCCUUCUGAUCUGAAGCAGGAGCAGCAGCCCAUUCAUCUCCACUACAAGGAUGGUAGCGGCAGCAGCUCAAGCGACGAGGGCAAUUUCUCUGCCAACAACUCAGACAUUUCUGGAUCUUUCCUCGGUGGACUGUGGGAGCUGGACACCUGCCGAGGUGGAGAGAUGGACGACCCGCGGCACUCCUGCUCCUACAACUCUGUGGAGGAGCUUUCUGAAACAUCAGAGCCGGAAGACGAAGGAGAGGAGGAGGUGAGAGACGAGAAGGACUUGUAUUAUCUAGGAAUGGACUUUAAAGCGCAGGAUGAGGAGACCGAGGAGCAGAGAGAAGAAGACACAAAUAAUGAGCUGCUUAAAAAUGUAGUUUCGAACAGAGAGGACUGUUCUGUGGAGUUGCACCCUUUGCUCGGGCCUGAGGACUCAAGCGAGCUGCUGUCAGUGUCCACGUGUGGCUUUCUUCCGGUGUACAUGCCUCAAUUCAGAACUUCUCUGUGCAUGAGUCAACUCGCAGCUCAACCACAAGACGGCAAACCCCAACCGUGACUCUCACACAUACUGUGAAAAUGUAAUUCAUUACAUCCAUUUUGUCGUGGAUUUGCACGUGUUCCUUCAGACAUUAUGAGGUGUGGAGCUAAGAAAUCUAAAGAAAUACCUUGUCUGAUGUGUGAUUGCAAAUUGAUAUUCAUCAAUGCUGCCAUUGUGUUGUGUAGGAAAAGACCUCAGGAGGGGAAAAGGCCUUAUUUAUAGGCAUUUCUUUCUUUCUUCAUGGGGCUUAAAACCCCAGAUUCUACUGUGCCACACCGCACCUCGUCAUCGGUUACUGAUGCAGGAGAAGAAGCGGAGAAAAUUGAACUAUUUCAAUGGAGGUUAGGCUAGUGGAAUAUUGUACAGAUCUCACAGAGAGCAGCAACUGUACAAGCGGCACAUUGGUCAGGAAGGGAGUAAUAGAGGUGUUGGGCAUCUGUGUUGUGGCUUCAAACAUCAUACAGCAUAUUUAUAUUAAAAAAAAGAUGUGGGAAUCGUUUCUGUGCCUAGAUUCACUCAUCUGCUGCCACCGUAAUGUAGAAGACAAGCUGUCUUUCAUUCUCUGCUGAAUUAUUUCAACUAGAUUUCAAGCGAAACAUGGAAGAGGUUCAAAGAGAAUGAAUAAACGCACAGAAAGAGAGAAAAGGCCCAUAAUCGGCACAGUUUUGGUUUUCCUCACGCUGGACUGUGAGGUGAAGGCAAACCUUGGAUGUUACUUCAAAGCUAUUGGUGUGAUGAAAUAAAUUGCAGGUUAAUGAUGAAAGCACAUGUAGUCUGUAAGUGAUUGCACAAACUCUGCUGCAUUUGUAAACAGCUUGCACAUUAACAUCUGCAUGCACUUACUCACCCACCAACCCAAAGAAUACCUUUUUGUACUUUGUGCUGUAUUUGAGACUUUGUUACAGUUGGUGGGAAACGUGAUAUAUAUUGUUGUCUUUGUUUGGCCAUCAACAUAAACUCCUCCUGUCUGGUGUAAAUAAAUGACAAAAGAAUGUAUCUUUGAAACCAGAGGAAAACAGAUACUAACAGUAACUAUUGGUUGACAGAAGUUUUUAGUGUAUAUUAAGAUAUUUUGCCUAUUUUUCAUGGUGGAAAUAAAUAGUUUAUUGUGA